AUGAACUAUUCAAGUGAAAAUAAAUCACUUUGGAAUUCAAUAAAAUCAACCAAAAAGUUAGAGCCCAGCUUAGUAGAGAACAUACAGUCAAUCUUGAUUGACUCUGCUUGACAAGAAGGUACAAAUACCACACAGAAGAGAAAAUAGGAAAUCAAAGAGAGUUCAGAGGAAUGUUUCCACGAAUCUAAUCACUCUUUACAGAAAGACCUCAAAAUACAGGAACAUUAUAAACCCCGUCUACGAACAAUUGGGAUAUGACCGUAAGCAGAAACGCUUUGAGAAGUGUCGAAUUCUUCUCAAAGAUUUCCUAGAAAAUCUAAAUAAUGAAAUUGCAAAAGAUAACAAGAGUCCCGGAAAAUUUCUAAAAAUUAAGCAAGAAAAUUUUCAAAAGUCAACUCCUAGGAAAUCGGCCAGAAAUAUUGAAAAGAGUAAGAAUAGAGCUAAAGCUGUCAAGGAAGAGAUAGCCCAGCAUGAUAAAACAGAAGUAAAGGCUGAGGCUCAUUACAACCAAGAUACAGAAGGUGAAAAAGAAGCAAAAGUAGAAACCUUCCAGGUGAAAGAAGAGACUAAAGAAGUUCUGGAGCCUCUCGCCAGAAAUCUUCAAAAGUUAUCACCCAAAAUAACGAAUUUGAAAACAGAAAUUAAAAAUGAAGAUAAAGGCGAAAUGGAAGUAGAUUCAGACUCUGGCGAGAUAGAUAUGACUUGUAAGGAAGAACUCAUUGCUACUGAUAAGGAUGUACCACCAUCCCCCAUAAGGAACAGAAGGUCAGCAUUCAAGGAUGUUUCACAUAUCUAUACAGCAGAGAAGCCACUGAAAGGAAACCCUUUAACUGGGAUGAACGACGGGAAUAAUAUCUCCAUGAGCUGUCAAAGGACGAGAGAUUUAACCAACCAUUGCAUGGAUUAUCCUCUUAAUGAUAAGAGGAUACAUCUGGCUAAAAGAUCUAGAGAUAUUUCUUCUCUUAAGAGAAACCUAGCUGAUGUCUUUGAAAACAUAUCUGCCUCUGGAGAUCAGCCGAAGAAGGAUACAAUUGAUGAAGUGUCGGAGUUUACCGAUAAUAUUCAGAUAAUGAAAACACCUAUUAAAGAAGAAGCUAAGCAAAGUUUAUUAGAGUGUAUAUCCCCAAGGAAACAUGAAGGGUUCAGCCUGAAUAACUCUGCUUUUAACUCAGUCAUGAACACUCCAAUGAAGCCGAAUUAUGAGGAUUACAAGCAUCUCAUUCCUUCUUUCUCAGAUACAAAAUUGGCUGGACCAAAGAAAGCAAGUAUACCGCAAUUUAUGCAGAUUAUUUCAAACCCAAAGGAUAGUAAUUUUAGAGGUUUCCCAGAAACGUUCGAUUCUCAUCAAAUCUGUGAAGACAUAUGUGGUAAGAAGAGAAGGAGCCCUUCCCUCUUCAUUAUGCCACCAAGAGGCAUCUAUCCUGAUCCUAGGCUAAGGAACAGCUUAAUUUAUUCUCCUUGCCCAGAUAGAUAUGAGGAGGGUUACUCUCAAGGAAGUUCACAUGAGACACCUCAUCUUAAAGAGGAUUCUGAGGUAGAAAAAGCAACAGAGCUAAUUAAGAGACAAAAGGAUGUCAUUAUGAUCCAUAAUGAAGACCAAGAGGAAAGCGAGAGCAACAAUGCUGUGUCUGAAAUUAAUCCUGGCACUAAAAACUCUAGGAGCGAGAGAGGUCUUAAAAGACUUAGCGUAAAAGUCAGAGAUCUUGUGUUCAGACUUAAAGAAACCUCCUACAAAGAUGUUGCUAAUAGGCUUAUUGAAGAACUCGUCAGAGAUAGUGAAUACGAUGACAGUGGCAGGAAGCUGGACCAAAGAUCAAGCAGUGAGAAGAAAACCAAAGAUGAAAAGAAUGUCAGAAGACGUGUUUAUGAUGCCCUCAAUGUUCUUAUCGCAUCUGGCGUUCUUCGGAAAAAUUCUAAUAAAAACGUAAUGUUUGAAGAGCAUCCACAAAAUAGGAUAAAAGGCUUGAAACUCACUGUGAAAAAGAAGCAUGAGACAAAGAAGAAAGAUAUUAUAAAAGCAAUAAAUUUAAGAAAAAUAGCUAUAAAUAACAAAUAUAUUAUAAAACAAGAGGUAGAAGCAAAAUUAAACGCUCUGAAUAACCUAAUAUCAAGAAAUCAAAAUAAAGAAGAGAAGGAGAGGAAAAACUCGAGAUUUAUAGGUCAGGAACUAACAGACAAAAUUCAUGAAGAUAAACGCUGAAGCUCAUCAGCAAAGGUGUACACAGAAGUUGUAGACAAACUAAAGUUCCCAUUCCUAAUCGUAGGAACUAAGAACACGAAGGAUAAUUUGGUGAAGGUGUGAAUGACACCGAAUAAUAGAGGAUGAGCUAUCACUGUGAAAGAGAAGUUCUCCCUGAUGGGAGACAUGGAUGUAAUCUUAAAACUCAGAUUUGACAAAUAAUACCUUUAAACUUGUCUAACUUACCUUGUGCAAUUUCAAUUAUUA